AUGCGGCCACUGACUCCAGAAGAAACUGGCACGUUUUUUGAGAAAUUAUCAAAAUACAUCGGGGAAAACAUCAAGCUGCUGAUUGACCGACCCGAUGGCACAUACUGUUUUAGGCUGCACAGAGAUCGAGUGUAUUAUUUGAGCGAGGAGUUGCUGAAGAUCGGCAGUUCUGCAGCUCGUGAUAAUUUGUUGAGCAUUGGUUCUUGUUUUGGGAAGUUCACCAAAUCUGGCAAGUUCCACCUCCAUGUCACAGCUCUAGAUUAUCUGGCACCGUCAGCUAAGCACAAGGUUUGGCUGAAGUCAAGCGCCGAGCAGCAGUUCCUGUAUGGCCACCAUGUGAUGAAAUCUGGCCUGGGUCGAAUAACAGAGGGAACAGAACAAUAUCAGGGUGUCAUUGUCUACAACAUGAAUGAUCUGCCCUUGGGGUUUGGAGUGGCAGCGAAAUCAACACUGGCAAUCAGAAACUGCGACCCGAUGACUAUUGUGGUGUUUCACCAAGGAGAUACCGGAGAGUAUAUUAGAAAUGAGGAGUUUUUGACGUGA